UUUAAAAUCAAUUUGCACUCGUUACACGCUCAUCUCACUAACACCCCUCUCUACACAAUGGUGUUGGAUGUAAAAGAUGAGAUUCCUAAACUUAUAGGAAGCUCACUGAUUUCGCUCGCUAAAGUGAUGGAGAAAAUCAAAUUAGAUGUUGAAAAACACGGUAUUGGCAACCCAUCCGCUUAUGAGACUGAGCACCCCAAAUGCAAUCUAAUGGGCAAAAGCAUUGGUGUGAUUUCUCUGUCUUAUAAGAUUGUAAGAGGACGAGAUCUCUCGGUGCAUGCAAGGUGUCCUGAAAAAGAUGAGAUGCCACCUGAAGUACAUGAGAAUCAUUCUGGGAAUGUGCUUUUACAACAAAUAACGCAAUCUGCUGAUAUUGUGACAUCAGAAGCAAAGCAGCCGGGGGUUCCAGCUUUUAGUCAAACAGAAACAACAGAGAAAAGACAGAGAAUCUCAUGGUCUGACGAUGCACAGGAAUACACCACAUUCUGCCCUCCUGCUCUGGUUUACAGCUCCGGCGUGAAGAACCCACAGGAGAGGAAAAGUUUUACAGGGUUACUUGCAUCACUAGAGAGCUUUAAUACUGAGGAUCCAGAAGAUGCAAAUAAUGAAGUAGAAUCAUCUGACAUGCGUGAUUUUGCAGAGGUGAUGACUGUAAAGGCUGACAGAUCGAUUAAGUUAACUUCAACUACAAGGACGCAGCUUAAAGAGACACCACUGAGGGAUGUUAUCAGACAGUUACCACUUCUGAACGCUUUAGUAGUUGAACUCUCACAGCUGAACAUCCAGACGGCGCAGCAGCAGCCCUUAUUGGUUCAUCUAACCUUGUGUGCUUGUACACAUCGGCACAGGAACCGUCAGAAGCGAAGCCCAAAGCUGAGAAUCAAAAAAACAAGUCCUCGACAGAGGCUUGAUCAAUGCGACAUCAAAGCAUUAAAGAGUGCAACUGGUGCGAAGAGAAAGAAAGAAAAGCUGCAACCUAAGAAGACGCUUAAAUACGGCUUGACAAACACUUUUCGUCUCAGACUCAAACUGAUCAAACAAGGUACCAAACAACACGAAUGCAUUAAAUACCAAAAUGCAAAACGGCACCAGCCAUCUUCAUCUAACCAUAAACGUGUUCGCAAGGCAACAAAAAAAGCUCAAGUUCAUAUUCCAAGUCAGGAUUCAGAGCGCAGUGACCAGCAUUCAGCUUCAUCAAUUCAUGAUUCAGACUUCAGCUUCCAGAGAGGAGAUGGUAGAGCAAGGACUAGCUUGAGUAGUGGCUCCUACGGACAAGAAGAGUAUCAGGAUGACUUCACGAGCCUAAACACAACCGAGGGAUACUCACCCGACCCGCUCAGGAGUCCAGAACCAAGCAGACGUGAAAGAAACAGCAGUCCGAGCUCUUCAAGUUCCUCUCAUCCAAGCAAAGGUCUACCUGUUCCUCUCAAAGCAGAGAACUCUCCACAACGUGCUUUUAAAAGCACACACAUCAUCCGACCGCGUCUUCAGACCUCCGCUCUGAGUCUGUCUUCAGAUGAGGAUGAGUCCAGGAUAUAUGAGGAAGAGUCCAGACGUCACAGGCCUGGAUCGCAGAGCACUGGACUAAAGACUCCAUCUGUGCGCAGGACAUUUGGAAAAUCAGAGAGCUUUGACAGUGACCCUGGUGAUAAGGGCAUGACAUUUAGCCGGGUGUCAGAGGACUCAGAUUCAGCCCCUGAUAACCCGGUGCUAAAGUCCACUUCAUCUUCAGAGCAUGAUGAGGAACGGGAUGAACUGGGCUCUCUGGGACUGGACAAGAAUUACCAUCACAUUUCAGAACUGGCGAUCAACAAACUCCCAGGAUAUACACUGUGAAAAACACCCAGAACAUCUUAGCAACUGCAUAGCAACCCCUUAGCAACCACUUCAGCGUAGUGAAGAUUUAACAGUGAAAAUGAGUUUACACCAGAAACCAACAAACAUCU